AUGACAAAGCUUAUAUUCGUUUACGUUAUCUCAUUGAUCAUCAAUGGAAAUGAGAAGGCAAUGUGCUUUCUGUUAUUUUAUGAGCUCGUUGGUAUGUUUGGUACCGAACCGUUUCUGCGAAAGUUAAAACUUAACCCUGAAAACGGCGCAUGGUUAAGCCCUUCUUAUGCACUGUCGCAAGGAUUGUUUGGAAAGUCUGAUGAAAAAAUUAUUGUAUCUUUUUUUGUUCACGGCAGUAUUUUUCUGCUCAUUUUGUAUUUGUGCGAAUAUCACCUCGACAACCUGACAAGAAUUUUUUGCAGAAAAACCUAUGUAGAGAGAAGUAACAUUUCUGACAGUGAAGACGUCAUUCAAGAAAGAGAAUAUGUUGAGAAUUAUACUUCGGAAUUCACUUUGACGGUGCAGAACCUUACGAAGUACUACGGUUCGAAAUGUGCGCUGAAAGGUGUUACGUUUGGUGUUCGUAACGAAGAUUGCUUUGGCCUGGUUGGACCGAGUGGAGCUGGUAAAACUUCUGCGUUCGCGAUUAUUACUGGGUCACGAUUUGCAAACAAUGGGAGCGUCUACAUAGGAGAUCAGUACGUAAAUCGAACUCAGGGAAUCGGUUACUGCCCUCAAUUCGAUGCUGCGCUCCCGCGCCUUUCUUGCAAGCAAAACAUGGUCAUUAUUGCAGGAAUAAUAGGUUACAAAGAACCAUCAUCAAUUGUUGAGCAAAUGCUACGCUUUCUCGACUUGGAAAAACACGCCAAGAAAACGUUCUCAAACUGCAGUGGUGGUCAAAAGAGAAGAGUUAGCAUAGGAAUAGCGCUGCUAAAUCCAUCCAAACUUGUGAUACUUGACGAACCAACAGCAGGAAUUGAUCCAAAGACACGACGUCAUAUUUGGGAGCUGCUAAAACAGAUGCGUUCAAGGGGCAGAGCCUUAGUGCUCUCGUCACACUCGAUGGAAGAAUGUGAAGCGCUUUGUUCGUGUCUAGGUGUACUCGUUAAGGGGAGGUUUGUGGCGAUAGGAGCAAGUCAAACACUCAAAUCAAAGUAUGCCAAUAACUACUUCCUUUUCACAAUUUUGAAAUCACUUGACGACAGAAAUAAGGUAAUAUACGCGGUUCUGUCUACAUUCCCAUUGAGCGAGCUGGUCACAAAACGAGAGGAUACAUUGAACCUCAAAUUCAAGAUUCCACGAAGAGAAGGGGACAAGCUUUCGGAACUGUACGAAAAAGCACAAACGAUGGCAACGUCACUCUCCCUCAAUGACUUUUCUUUACUACAGGGUUCAUUAGAAGACGUUCUUGAGUUUUUGAACAAAAAGUACGGAGAAGAAAACCUUGAUGUUUGA